AACUAUGCUCCCGGGAUGGCAAGGGAGACCUGGGGGACCCUCCCCCUACACGACCCACGGAUAAAUGCCAGCACCAGUGCCCUGUUGAGCCACAUCCAACUACUGGCACCUGUGGCCCCAAGAUCCAUCCGGCACUGGGCUGCAUGAGGAGUCCUGCCCAACCUGAGGGCAUCCAGCAGCCUAGGGUCAGUGCAGUCUUUCUGCCAUUCUCACCAUGAACCUGGAGGUGCCCAAGGCUGAGAUCCGGUCAGCCACCAGGGUGAUAGGAGGACCUGUCACCCCCAGGAAGGGGCCACCCAAGUUUAAGCAGCGGCAAACCAGACAAUUCAAGAGCAAGCCCCCCAAGAAAGGCGUCCAGGGGUUUGGGGAUGACAUCCCUGGAAUGGAAGGUCUAGGAACAGACAUCACAGUCAUCUGCCCUUGGGAGGCCUUCAACCACCUGGAGCUGCAUGAGCUGGCACAGUAUGGCAUCAUCUAGUCCAACAGCUGCUUGGAGCCCUGCACCCUCCAGGUGCCCACAGUGAGGCCCAUUAAGAGCCUCUGGCCUUACUGACAUCUGACUUCCAAGAUGGGAUGACCUCAGGCUUUGGAUGCCAGUUGCCAGGAGGCCCCCAUCCCCAACUCCUCCAGGCUACCUUGUUCACCUUCCAAAGACCCUGGCCCACACCUAUAGGUCUGCAGGUGGCCAGUCCCAGAAUCUCCCCUCUUUGUGGCUGGAAUGCACACAGGAGUAUACCCCACAACCCAGAGCUCUGCACUUCCCUCACAGCUGGGUGGUCUGAGUGGCACGUGGUCAGUCAGCAGUCCUCAGCACAUGUGUUGAGACAAAGUUCCUCUACUCAUUGCGUCAACCUUUCUAGCA